CGACGAGCUCUCGAGACACCGAGGAGGGGAGUGAGCGGCGUCGGAGGAGGCGUUAGAGGAGGAGAUUGCUAUGGGAAUAUAUGACCACAUAAAAGGAAGUGUAUUCUGAGAAUUCUGAUAUCUGAGAUGUAAGUGGACUGACUGAAGAGUGAAACAGGAAAAAGUUCAGUGCCAACCUUAGUUAUAAUGGCUACGGAUUCUGGGGAGCCAACUAGCACAGAAGAUUCUGAGAAACCUGAUGGGGUUUCCUUUGAAAACAGGGUUGCUCAGAUUGCUGCACCUCUGAUUGUAGAAGCUAGAAUGAAGGAAAAAACAAGCACCUUCUCUACUGCCGGGGAAAACAUUGAAAGAAAGAGAUUUUUUCGAAAGAGCGUUGAGAUGACUGAAGAUGACAAAGUUGCUGAAUCUUCCCCUAGAGAUGAAAGAAUAAAGGCUGCAACAAACAUUUCAAGAGUAGAUAAGCUUCCUACCAAUGUGCUGAGAGGUGGACAAGAAGUUAAAUAUGAGCAGUGUUCAAAGGCAACCUCAGAAUCCUCAAAAGAUUGCAUCAAGGACAAAAAUGAAAAGGAAAUGGAAGAAGAAGCAGAAAUGAAGGCUGUAGCAACUUCCCCUAGUGGCAGGUUCCUGAAAUUUGAUAUAGAGCUGGGAAGAGGAGCAUUUAAGACAGUAUAUAAAGGACUGGACACUGAAACGUGGGUUGAAGUUGCUUGGUGUGAACUACAGGACCGCAAAUUAACUAAAGCUGAGCAGCAACGGUUCAAAGAAGAAGCAGAGAUGUUGAAAGGCCUCCAGCAUCCCAAUAUAGUUCGAUUUUAUGAUUCCUGGGAGUCUAUAUUAAAAGGAAAGAAAUGUAUUGUGUUAGUGACUGAACUAAUGACAUCAGGAACCUUAAAGACGUACUUAAAACGAUUUAAAGUCAUGAAGCCAAAGGUCUUAAGAAGUUGGUGCAGACAAAUUUUAAAAGGAUUGCAGUUCUUGCACACAAGGACCCCUCCUAUUAUUCACCGGGAUCUGAAGUGUGACAACAUUUUUAUCACAGGACCCACUGGAUCUGUGAAGAUUGGUGAUCUGGGACUUGCAACCUUAAUGCGCACAUCAUUUGCUAAGAGUGUCAUUGGCACUCCUGAGUUUAUGGCUCCAGAGAUGUAUGAAGAACACUAUGAUGAAUCUGUAGAUGUUUAUGCUUUUGGGAUGUGUAUGUUGGAAAUGGCUACUUCGGAGUAUCCAUAUUCCGAGUGCCAGAAUGCAGCUCAAAUAUACCGUAAAGUAACCAGUGGCAUAAAACCAGCCAGCUUCAAUAAAGUCACAGACCCUGAAGUAAAAGAAAUAAUUGAAGGAUGUAUUCGACAAAACAAAUCUGAAAGGUUAUCUAUCAAGGACCUACUAAAUCAUGCAUUCUUUGCUGAGGAUACUGGACUGAGGGUGGAGUUAGCAGAGGAAGAUGAUUGUUCAAAUUCAUCCCUGGCCCUAAGACUCUGGGUUGAAGAUCCUAAAAAAUUAAAAGGCAAACAUAAAGACAAUGAAGCUAUUGAAUUCAGUUUCAAUUUAGAAACAGAUACACCCGAAGAAGUAGCAUAUGAAAUGGUCAAGUCUGGAUUCUUCCAUGAAAGUGAUUCUAAAGCUGUUGCUAAGUCCAUUAGGGACCGCGUGACUCUGAUAAAAAAGAUAAGGGAAAAGAAGCCUGCUGGAUGCUUGGAGGAAUGCAGGGAUUCCCAGUGCAAGUAUGUGGGGAAUGUAUUUCCUCAGCAGCAGACCAUAACUCUACCACCUGCUCCUGCUACACAGAGUGUGGCUGAAUGUGAAGAAACAGAAGUUGAUCAGCAUGUUCGACAGCAAAAUCUACAGGGAAAACCACAGCAGCAGUGCUCUUCUGUAAGAGGUGAUACUUCAUCUGAGGCAGCAGCUGGACCAGUUCUACAUUCAGAUACUUCAAGUCUUCCCAAUGUAGCCUAUUCUUCAAACCAGAUAACUAACUCUCAGUUGCAAGAGCAGCCAAAGCUGACUGAGUCCCCAGUUUUGCCUGUGGUACAAGGUCAGUCUUCUGUUAUGCCCAUAUAUGCCGUUGGACAUGCAGUUGUUUCACAGUCUCAAAUUUCUCCAUUAACUAUCCAGAAGGUCUCACAGAUAAAGCCUGUGUCCCAACCAGUAGGAGCUGAACAACAAGCAGCUCUUCAAAAUCCAGAUUUUGUUCCAAGCUUGAAUCAAGAUGUGACAACUAUGAAAGAAAACACUAAUAACCCUGAUAACCCAAAUGGAAAUGGCAAACAGGAUCGGAUCAAACAGAGAAGAGCCUCCUGUCCCCGACCAGAGAAGGGGACUAAAUUUCAGCUUAUUGUCCUUCAGGUAUCAGUCUCUGGAGACAACAUGGUGGAGUGUCAACUAGAAACACACAACAACAAGAUGGUCACUUUCAAGUUUGAUGUCGAUGGUGAUGCACCUGAAGAUAUUGCAGACUAUAUGGUUGAAGAUAACUUUGUGCUGGAAAAUGAGAAAGAAAAAUUUGUAGAAGAAUUGAGGGCUAUUGUAGGUCAAGCCCAGGAGAUCCUUCAUGUCCACUCAGCUGCAGAAAAAUCUAUUGGUGUUGACUCUGUUGCCUUGGAAUCCAAUAGUAACCAAACAGGAUCAUCUGAACAAGUACUGAUAAAUUCUGCAUCCACUCAAACCAGCAAUGAAUCAGUUCCUCAGUCAUCCCCAGUUGGUCGGUGGCGGUUUUGUAUCAACCAAACUAUAAAACAUCGUGAGGCACAGUCUCCUCCUUCCCUUCAGCCUUCUGUGGCUACAGUUCCUGGGUUACAUCCAUUUUCUAGUUCAAGAAACACAAGUAAUCAGGAAAUAUCACAGGACACAUUGUUCACUAUAGAGAAUAAUCCAGGCCAGCAUGUAAUUUUCACCUCUAAAUCAGAACACAAGGAUGUGGUUGAUGGUAAUAUUUCUGAAUGUGCUAGUGGAGAAACUGAGCAGCCAACUAUUCACUGUCAAGUGGAAGAUGACAGACAGAUAAGGGCACCAGCUACUGAUCAUUCCAAUGAUUCUGCUACUUUGGUAUGUCCAGUUUCAGUUGAAUGUGAGGCACUCACCAGCCAAGCAGGCAUGUUCAUACCUACCCAUCCAUGUCAGCAAGCUGCUGUUCUGGCUGAUGUGCUUCUGCCCCAUCCUGGUGAAUCGGUUCAGAUUGGUGAUAAUGUUGUUCUAACUUCAGCAUUUGUAUCUUCUGAUCAAAAGCCUCAACCAACUAUAGAUGCAGAGUUCAUUUCCCAAGAAGUAGAAACCACAGUGAACACUGAAACAAGUUCUCCUAAGGCAGUCCUUGCCACUCAGACUCCUGGCUUUGAACCAGCUACACAUCUUCCUGCUACUGUCCUGGAAUCAGAUGGGGAACGACCUCCAAAAAUGGAGUUUGCAGACAACCGAAUUAAAACACUGGAUGAAAAAUUAAGAAACCUGCUCUAUCAGGAGCACAGCAUUUCUAGCAUUUAUCCUGAGAGUCAGAAGGAUACUCAAAGCAUAGACUCUCCAUUUUCUUCCUCUGCUGAAGAUAUACUAUCCUAUUCAAUGCCAGAAAUCAUAGCUGUCAGUCACUGUGGGAUUCAAGAUAGUCCCACACAAUCUCCAAAUUUCGAACAGACAGGCUCUAAGAUUCCGUCCAAUGUAGCUGCAAGUCAGCCUGCUAAUAUAUCAGUGUUCAAAAAAGACUUGAAUGUGAUAACUUCUGUACCCAGCGAGUUAUGUUUACAUGAGAUGUCCUCAGAUGCUUCACUUCCAGGGGAUCCAGAGGCCUAUCCUGCUGCUGUGUCAAGCGAUGGAACCAUUCAUCUGCAGACAGGAGGUGGAUAUUUUGGCCUAAGCUUUACUUGUCCUAGUCUCAAAAAUCCUAUUAGCAGGAAAUCCUGGACUCGAAAAUUAAAAAGCUGGGCAUACAGGCUACGGCAGUCAACCAGCUUUUUCAAGAGAUCAAAAGUCCGUCAAGUGGAAACAGAAGAUAAAAGAUCAGCAAUUGCUUCUGAUCCCAUUCCUCUGCCACGGGAGUUCUCAGCUGAUACUAGGGCUUUGAGUAGAUGUAAAGCAAUGAGUGGAUCAUUUCAGCGGGGCCGCUUCCAGGUGAUUACAGUUCCUCAGCAGCAGUCAGUGAAAAUGAUGUCUUUUGGAAAAGAACACAGACCUCCAUUCAAGAAAACAACAGUCCAGUCCAGUGAACAAGCAGCAGCCUUUGCUGAAACUGCAGUAUCUCAGUUGAUCGAAGUGGAACCUGCCGUGCCCACUCCUAAAGCGUCAGAUUCUUCACGAAAGUUACAAACUCUUUAUGAAACUUUUAAAGAAGAUAAAAGAGAGCCUGAACAAGGUGACAUCUUCUCAUCUUUCAGCACAGCUUGUGAAACCAGUGUGUCUUCAGUGACUACAGAAAAGAACUUGGAAGAAACUUCAACUACAGGAAUCAGUGUGCAUUCUGGGUCUGAACUGUUAGAUAAAGAAACAGAGGAAUUGACUCCUGGGAAACAGCCUUAUGAAUUUUCGGCCCCUCUUGCUGGUAAUGGAAAGUCAGUGGCAAAAUCUGGUUCAAAGAGUGAUCAGUAUUUACCACUCAGUAAAGAGCAAGCCUAUGUUCAAACACAGAGUUCACUCUUCUAUUCUCCAUCUUCACCAAUGAGCAGUGAUGAUGAAUCAGAAAUUGAGGACGAGGACUUGAAAGUAGAGCUUCAAAGAUUACGAGAAAAACACAUUCAGGAGGUGGUCAAUCUUCAAACACAGCAGAAUAAAGAGCUGCAGGAGCUCUAUCAACGCCUUCGAGCAACUAAAGAUAGCAAAGUGCAAUCUUCAGAGAUUCCUUCAUCACCUGCUUCACCACGUCGGCCAAGAUCUUUCAAAAGUAAACUCCGAAGCCGCCCUCAAUCUUUGACACAUUCAGACAAUGUCAUUGUUGUAAAAGAUGCUCUAUGUGUGGAGAGUAAUACAGCGUCACGCCAACAAUCUUCAGCCAGUAAAAAGGGGAUGUUCACAGAUGAUUUACACAAGUUGGUGGAUGAUUGGACAAAGGAAACAGUAGGAAAUUUUCCUAGUAAGCCAAGUUUAAACCAACUCAAACAGAGCCAACAAAAAUUAGAGACAGAAAACUGGAACAAAGUAUAUGAAAAUACUCCAUCUACUAUGGGCUACACAUCAACAUGGAUAUCUUCUCUCUCCCAAAUUCGUGGCGCUGUCCCAACUUCCUUACCACAAGGACUCCCACUCCCUUCAUUUCCUAGGCCAUUAUCAUCAUAUGGAAUGCCCCAUGUUUGUCAGUAUAAUGCCGUAGGGGCCACGGGGUAUCCAGUACAGUGGGUAGGAAUUUCAGGAACAGCACAGCAGUCUGUAGUGGUUCCUGCCCAAUCUGGGGGACUCUUCCAGCCCGGGAUGAAUUUGCAGGCAUUUCCAGCUUCACCAAUGCAGAAUCCGGCAUCAAUCCCUCCUGGUCCUAAGUGAAUCCAAAUAGAUGCUGAAACAAGGGGAGAGGACUUUCAUCAAACACCUGUGAUACUAAACUUUCUUCUUGAGUUCUGCCAUAUUUUCUCUCAUUUGAGCCCACUUUCAACUGUGUUUUUUGUUAUUCCAAUGUGAUAUUUGGUAGAGCUCAUCAUUCUGUAGUAAUGUGCGCUUUGCACAUAGAAUACUGCACACAGAAAUGUUUUUCACUUCAAAUCCUAUCCUCUUUGAUACUUGAUUUUUAAAAAAUACUGUUCAGAAUGCUUUAAUAAGCUCGGUUUGAGUGUUACCAUUUCCAGGACACUUUCAUGUGUUGCUGAGAAGCUCUCGCCCCACUUUUUUAUGCUGCUACCAGCAGUUGUAUAAUACUUUUCUUUAAAGUGUGUAAAAACUGUAGAUUGGUUCUCCCCAAAUGUGGAUGAGGUAAGACUCUCCAAUCGCCAGUCUUGUGGGAUUUGUCACAACUGUCUUGGGUUUACUUUUCACAGAAGGCAGUAAGUAACUGGCUGCAGGAAAUGUUUUGAUGUAUAACUUUAGUAUACUUUUGUCAAGCAGUACAGAACAUGAGUGUUUUUGAUGUGAUUUUCUUCCCGUCAUCACAGCAGUAGGAGUGAGGGGUUGUUUUAGGUGAGGCGGAGGGAAAGAAAAAAACAGAACUGUAACAGUUCCUUGAACCUACAGCUACUAGAGCUGCUUUUGGGUUCCAGUAAUAACACAAAGCAGCCAUUUUUUCUCAUGUGCACACUGCUUUGGUUUUGAGCAUCUGAGAGGCAAUGACUUGGCUUGCAUUCUUUUGCUAGGUAUUGCAGCUGAUGUGAAUCUCAUUUGGGGUAAUCCUUGUAAUCCUAAACAAGGAGAUUCAGGUUAACACUUCUGUCAGUCCAUUCUUCUAAAGUGAAAUGUACUUGACACAUUAGGGUUUGUAGCUUUUGAGACUUUUACAUAAAACACUGGCUUUACAGGGUUCUAAGAAAUGUAGGACACACACCAUCCUGCAGUGAAAUAGUACACCCUAGGAUGAUAUUAUUUAAAUUGCCUUUAACCUUUUUUGAUGACAGUUUUUUGGUUGUUAUAAUUUCUUACUAGUAUCUAAAGUCUUAGACCAUUUUAGAUGUUAGAUGUGUUUAUCAGCCUCUUGAAAAUUUGAGAGAAUUCACUGUCAAGUUGCACUUUACUGGGUUUUAUCCAGUUUUAGGAGGAAAGGAGGCAGUGUCAAAAUGUAUGCCUUUGGUUUUUAGGAAGGUUAACUUCAGUAAUCUUAAAGGCUAGUCACAGGGUUACCUAAUAGUCAGUCUGUGAAACCCAAAUAGAAUUUUUACAUGCUAUAUUAUCAGCUACUAAGUACACAUGUUCAAGUGACUUAACAUUCACUGAAGCUUUGAAAGUCGUUUCUAAUACGUUUUUCUAUUUAAGAAUUCUCCUGGUAACCUUUCCAAAUUGUGUUCAGUGUUUCUUUAACGGAUUUUCCUCCAUGUUCCUCUAAAAAAACUUACCCCCGUGGCCUUUCCGGAAAGCUAGAAGAACUUUUCUUUUUAUUUCAUACAGUACACUUUGUGGGUACACUUUUUAAGAAGUUGUCUUCUAUUACUCACCUAAAGGUCACACCCACCAUCACAUUUUUGUCACUGGUACUGGGGGCAUUCUGUGGAUUGCUAUUGGGAAGAGCCACAGUUCCUUUUCCUAAUACAUCCUGUUUUGGAUGAGUUUGGAUUAUAUGCCCUGAUUCCUGAAAUCCCUUCUAUAGUAUUGCUUUGCAAGUUGAAGUGAUUUUUAGGAUGUUAAUGUAGUACAGUUGCUUGCAUUGCAGUGUUUUCCAUGUGUAUAAAAAACUAUGCUCCUAAAACCCAUAGUUCCUUAAAACUGUGUUUCAUUAUAAGUUGGUUUCGUAUAAUUAUAUUGAGAUAAACAACCUAUAAGGUGAAAUACUACAGGUUUUAAGAUGGGAUCUUCUCUAGUUGCAAUCAUUUUAAACCGUGUGCCCCAGAAUGAAAAAAAACUCCACGGGUUACAUGUACAAUCCCAUUUACUAGUGGCUGCUCUACAUAGUAUGUUCUGUGUUUUGUUAAACAUCUCAGUUUUACAUAUAAUUCAUCAUUAUUGUUUGCCUGCAGAUGUUUGCAGUGCCUUGUAAUAUUUAGAAUCUUUUCAGGUUUUGCUGGAAAGAAAAGUCAUCUUCUAAAGUUUGAAGAUGGGGAAUAGUGUACUGCUGUCUCCAUGCUGACUGCAGUAUCUGGGUUAACAUAUAUGUUACAUAUACAUUAUGUAUAUGUAAUGUGUAGAAGUUAAAGCGUACAGAAAAAAAGGGAGUGUGCAGAAAUGAAGAAAACAAUGUUAUUCACUUUGCUGUGGGGUUUUCUUUACUUUUUAUUUUUUGUUUGAUUCGGAUUAUAGUCACUUUGAUUGUAAAUAUUGGUUAGUUUUCUAGAGGGGGAUUUGUAUUAUUUCUUAAUUUUGCUUAGUUAGAAUAGUGCUGUUUCCGUCCUUGCCUGAAGUACUUUUUCUCUCCCAUAAAUAAUGAAUCAGAUGAUGCUCAGAAGUUCUCUUUAACGAAGAGCCUAGUACAUAUAACAUGCCUUCUGUUCAUUUCUAGAAAGCACGCAAACCUUUUCAUUUUCUUUCUUGUAAUCAACGUAAAGGUUGUGCUUAACCACUGUCUUGUGAAGUUUUCUUGGGAGAUAGUCUGUAUGUCCAGCCGCUCUGUUUACUUCUCCAAGUGCACAUCUGAUGAGCAGCAUUGUGUCUUCAUGUAUGGCAACACAAGUACUCCACCAUGAAGCACUGCUAUUGUGUCUGUGAAGUUGGGUGUAACAUCCUAAGACUAUGAAACCAUUACUAGUGUAUUCAGUGCAGAUAAACCCUUCAUAUACCUGGAGAAGUCUUGAAUCUAAAGUAAUUUGCUGUAAGUUAACAAAUAAUCCUGCAGUUUUUCAUCUCUUCCUUGCUUCAUAUCAAGCAUAUGUUCUAAUAGUUUGACAGGAAAACUUAACUGUGAAAGUUUAAAAGGCACUUCCGCUGUGAUUUUUGGGUUGAGUGUAGAGUGUUUUUCUAAAGUUAUAAUGGAACGUUUGUCAUCUGAAGACCCCAGAUUUAAUUGCAGUCCAGUUACUUUUGUUUAUCUACCUCGUUUUUCAGUACUGUUUUAGGUGCACAAGUAAAUGUUGCCUGUGAAACUUGCUCUUUUGCUUUGAUUCUUUAUGUUGUUUAGAUGCUCAAUCUGGCUUGCCUUUUCGUCCUAGCACUCACCAUGCAUGUGAGAUGAGAGGAGCCAUCAUUCUGCCACCAGUCUGCGUUUAAGUGAUGAGAGCCAUAUACCUAAGUGUUAUAAAGUUAGGGGAUUUGGGGAUGGAAAGCAAAGAGAGAAAUCAAAUUGGUGGCAAUAUAAGACUUAGUGGUGGGAGUUAGUUUUCAAAUAAACAAAUGUUUCAAAUGUAUUGAAGUGAGAUAGUCCCAGUGCCUGAGAAUGCUUUCUCAUCUCAGUUUCUAAAGGGCUAUGGGUUGAAAUUGCUUUAACUACUACAGUGAAAUACUUGACCUCCUAGACCCAUCUUCAAAAUAUUGCCUGGUAUUUACAGUGAUGGUUUGUUAUCUUGAAAUGGUAGAAUGCAUUUCAUAGUUGGUAGUAAGGGUUUAGAUAGUUGUUUAUCUAAUCCCUGUAGUUUAUGGAGUUGACUCUCUUUGCUGUAUUUUCUAAGCAUUAAAAAUAAUACAUUCCCUUUUCCUCCUUUUAAAAGAACCCAGCAAAUGUUUGUAACUGGAUAUUUCCUGUUUCACAUGUUUACCAUGUAACAGUACAUUUUUAAUACUAGUAAAUGCUGUAUUUCAGUCAUCGUUUCUAAGUACAUUUCUGAGGUAUAUUUGCCAUCAAUUCAGUUACCUCAUGUUCUGUUUGAUUAAGAAAAAUCUGAGCCUUCUGAGGUGGUAUGCAAGCCAUUUUCUAGAAUAGAAUGUUUGGUUGGUUUUUUUAUUGGUAGUUUACCAGGGACUUAUUUUGCCUCCCUUUCUUUAGAAGAUGUAAUAGAAAGGUUUGUAUGUAUAGAAAAGGCUUUUGAUUUGGUAACUAUAAUUCUAGGGUUAAAUUUUUAAAAUCUAAUCCAGAUUACAAAAUGAAAACACUAAAACAUAGUAAAAUAUUCUUCUAAGUAAAAUUAGUAUGCGGUUUAUAUGGAGCCUUAUUCUCAGGCCACCCUGGAAAUAGUCUUUUUGUGUGUAUGAAGGAUAAAUUCAAACAUUGAUCCAGGGACCUUGAUGACUAAUGUAAAUGGGCCCAAAGUAGUAACCAGGUUAAAGUUCUUUUCCACUAAGAUGGUUGAAAGAGUGUACACAUCAACAGCUCAGAUUCUGGAAGGAUUUCUCUGAAGUAUAACAAUGCAGACUGUUACAAAGCAGAAGUCAGGCAAGAGGGCGAGGGAAGGACUAAGCUCUGAAGGGACAAUGCUCUAAGAUGUGCACUAGUCACCCUUCUAGCUUUUUUACAUUGUAUUUCUUUUGAUAUAAUUUCAGAUUUAAGAUUGAGAUUUGUAGCCCAGACCCCUCAGCAGAUACAGUGGAUAUAGUGAUUGAUGAGAAAGUGCAGCUGAAGGUCUGUCAUGCUCAGUUACUUAAAGCUGUAAUUUGUUUAAUACAAAUAGUAAGCAUGUAGACCUAAUGCAGCAUGGGAGCCACUCAGGAAGUUUAUGCAAUUAAACUUUCAUGCAUAUUUACCGUGAAGUAUGUAGAAUUUCAGCCAAUUCUCAAUACUUAACAUUUAGUUAUAUAUGUGAACUCUCCUUUCUUAAUUUGGGAAUGUAGCAUUAUAUAGAAUGCUGUUCAGUUUAAUUUUAGCCCUUUUUAACAUUACCUUUUCUUCUUUUCUUUUUUUUUUUUUUUUUUUGGUAAGCCAAGUGAUCUACCCUUCAGCAGUUGUCUGGUUUUGAUUCUUCGAAACUGUGAUUUUUAUUUUAAUUUUUACCCAACUCUUGUUAAGUAUUUUGUGUCCUGGAAUUUUGUUUUGAAACAAAAAUAAAGGCUGUGUUAAAUUACUAUGUCACCUUAUUAAA